CAUUUUGCUGUGGAUAUCUAAUUUUCCCAACACCUUUUGUGGAAGAGUUUAUCCUUUUCCUAUUGUGUAUUCUUGGCACUUUUGCAAAAAUCAGUUAACUGUAUAUGCAUAGAUUUAUUUCUGGGCUUGCUAUUCUGUCGCACAGAUCUAUGUUGUUGCUCUUUAGUCUCUAAGUCAUGUCUGACUCUUUGCAACCUCAUGGGCUGUAGCCUGCCAGGCUCCUCUGUCCAUGGAAUUUUCCAGACAAGAAUACUGGACUAUGUCUGUCUUUAUUCUAACACCAUACUGCUUUAAUUACAGUAGCUUUGCAAUAUAGUUGAAAUCAGAAAUAUGAUGUCUAGCUCUCUUCUUCUUUAUCAAGACUGAUACAUCUAAUUAGGGAUAAAUAUUUGCUAUAAGAAAUAAAAUACUACUUUGGGAAAGUCACUUAGCCUCUAUGAAAUUGUAUUGUUUUGCUUUUCCUGAAAAAAUGACUUACCACCUGAGUUCAUUGGGACACAAAAAGAAAAAAAAAAAAUAACCUCUCUAGUACUAUACCUGCCUAGAUAUGAUCUUGCUCCUUAAUUAUCAACUGUCCUCAUGUACCACCUGGCUUUUCUGAUGGUGUGCGUCACUCCAAGGAACUGAGCUCAUCUACCCACUUAUAAGGUACAAUACUGGAAAGUGAUCCUAUGGGCCCUUCUUAAAUUCAUCAUGCUCUGUCUUAUUUCAGAGUUCUUCUGGAUGAAGGAAAGGCCACGGUGCCUCUUCUGGCAGAAAGACUUACCACCGAGCUCAUCUGGCACAUCAAUAAAUCGCUCCCCUUGUUAGAAAAUCAAAUAAAGGAAAAGUACCAGAGGGCGACAGAGGAGCUGCACCAGUAUGGGGACGACAUUCCCAGCAAUGAAGGGGAUAAAAUGUUCUUCCUCAUCGAGAAAAUUAAGGUAUUUAACGAGGACAUUCAAAAGUUAAUAGAAGGAGAAGAAAUUGUAAUGGAGACAGAGUCCCGCUUAUGUAACAAAAUCAGAGAGGAGUUUACAAGCUGGAUACUCAUACUUUGCGCCAAUAUCGAAAAAGUUAAAAGUAUCCUUAACGAGGAAGUCUCAAAAUAUGAAAAGAAGUAUCGAGGCAAAGAACUUCUUGGAUUUGUCAAUUACAAGACGUUUGAGACUGUCGUGAAGCACUACCUGGGGCAACUGAUAGACCCAGCACUCAAGAUGCUCCAGAAGGUCAUGGAAAUUAUCUGGCAAACUUUCAAGGACACAGUCAAAAAGCAUUUUGCUGAAUUUUGCAAUCUGCAUCACACCGUCCAGAACAAGAUCGAAGACAUAAAAACAAAACAAAUGGCAGAAGCAGCAAAUCUGAUCCAUCUUCAGUUCAAGAUGGAGAAGCUGGUUUUUUGUCAAGACCAGAUUUACGGCGUGGUUCUGAACGCAGUCCGAGAAGAUAUUUUUAAUUCCAUGGGGAAGCCUUCAGAGAAUCUUCAGUUGAAGCAGCCCCUUUUGAAUGAUCAAUCUUCGGUUUCCUCCAUUGUUGAGAUUGGGGUCCACCUGAAUGCAUAUUUCAUGGAAACCAGCAAACGUCUCGCCAAUCAGAUCCCAUUCAUCAUUCAGUACUUUAUGCUCCAAGAGAAUGGUGACAAGGUGCAGAAAACCAUGAUGCAGCUACUACAGGACACACAGCACUAUUCCUGGCUGCUUCAAGAACAGAAUGAUACAGCUACCAAGAGGAAAUUCCUGAAGGAGAAGAUCUAUCGGCUAACUCAGGCACAGCAAGCUCUCUAUGAAUUCCCCCUUUUCAAGGGGUAAAUCCCAAAGGAACUGCAGUACUUCUGGAUUUUGCUUAUGUGCAUGAUCAUUAAAGGAGUUGGUCCAGGAAUUGGCCUUUUGUUUGGGGCCAGAACUUUCUGCUGCUGUCUGCAUCCAUCUUUCCUAUACUGCACUCAGAACAAGAGUUUAUAUCUGAAGUCCUGAGCCGCUCAGAGCUGUCACCUCCUCCGGGAGGUCUUCCCCGUCCUGUGUGAAGAGGGGUCUCUCCGGUCCUUGGGCCCCAGAGCCCCCAGUUACAUUGCUGUCAUUCUUUAUUCACUUGUCACCCCUCCCCAUUAGAUUAGGAGAACUUAGAGAGGUAAGGUCAGUUCUUAUUCUUUUGUAUUUCCAGAAUCUUGCGUGGCCUCUGGCACAUAGUAGUUCACUUAAUAAAUAUAACAUUGAACAAAUGAAUGAUGGGGAUUAACUGAGGCUGUGGCUUAAAUCCAGGUUGGUUGUUUGGAAUGGUGUCCCUUAGCUGGUCCUUUUCUUAUAAAUUCAAUCGUACCACCUGCUUCCCAUCACUUGCUGUGAUGGUGUUUCCCAGUCCCCCUAGAGGAAAGCAGCUGAGUGAUACCAUUUUUAAUUUAGUUUCUCUGAAUGCAGUGAGCUCCAUUGCUGUAUUGUCUUAAAGAGACAUUUAAUAAUGAGAAACAUUUUUUAAAAAAAUAUAGAGCUUCACAAUAGUGGUCAUCUCUAGAUUGCAGGAUUAUGGAUAAUUUUAUUUUCUUCUUUGACCUAAGCUAAUGACUUUACAGCAAUUUUAGGAGGGUUAAGUGAAACCAUUUUUACAAACUAUGUGUCCCAAAGCAGGUGUUCAAAACUGCCAGCAACUUUUCCCUCUAAUUUUUCUUUACCUCUAGGUCUAUAGAGAAGCUCUCAGCUCUAAGACACUUUCAGUCAAUUCUUACAUUUAGUUCUUUGAUUUUUUUUUGACAAUUUCUGUAUAUGAUGUUAGAUAAGCAUCCUUUUGCAUGUGGAUAUCCAGGUUUCCUAGCACCAUUUUUUGAAAUGGCUGUUCUUUCCCUAUUGAUCUUGGUGCUCUUGUCAAAAAUCGUUUGACCAUAUACGCAAAGACUUGUUUCUGGGCUUUCUCUUCUAUUCCAUUGGUCUAUAUGACUGACUUUAUGACAUUACCAUACUGUUUUGAUAAUUGUAGACUUGUAAGUUUUGAAGUCAGGAACUCUGAGUCCUCCAGCUUUGUCCUUUUUUCCCAUGAGUUUUGGCUGUUCAGGUUUCCAUGAAAUUCCAUAUGAAUUUUAGGGUGAAUAGUCCUAUCUUUGCAAAAAAAAAGGUCACUGGGAAUUUGAUAGAAAUUGUAAUGAAUCCAUAGAUUGCUUUGGGUGGUACUUGCAUCUUAACAAUAUUAAGUCUUUCAAUCCAUGAACAUAGGAUAUCUUUCCAUUUAUUUGUGUCUUUCUUUAAUUUCUUUAAGCAAUAUUUUAUAGUUUUCUGUGUACAAGUUUUUCAAUCCCUUAGUUACAAAGUAUUUUGUUCUUCUUGUAAAUGGAAUUGUUAAUUUCUUUUUCAACUCAUUCACCGCUAAUUUACAUGUAUGUAAAUUUACAUAUAUCAUUUUUCUGUGUUGAUUUGCUAUCUUGCUACUUUGUUGAGUUCAUUCUUAGUUAUAGUUUUGUGGUAUAUUUAUGGUUUUUCUAAUACACACAAGGUCAUAUCAUCUGUGAAGCGAAAUUAUUUUGAUUCUUCAUUUCUGACUUGGAUGCCUUUUAUUUCCAUAUCUUGCCUAACUACUCUGUCUAGAACUUUCAGUACUAUGUUAAAUAAUAAUGGCACAAGUGGGAA